AUGUCUUCUCAAAUUGCUUUAGUUCUUUGUUUAUUGGUAGCUACAGCAGUAGCUAUACCUGCUACCGGUUACGCGCAAGUCCAAGCCGGAGCUGCCGUCAACACCUGGAUCCCACCAUGGGUGCCCCAAUUCCCAUGGAUGCCGCAAUGGAAACCUUGCACCACAGUAGGUGCAUCUUGUCUCGACUGCAACACGAAACUUGUUUGCACUAAAAUCGGUGGUCUUGAAAAGCCCUGUACUGACCCUACCAUGCCCUACUGUAACCUGGGUGAAUGUUCAGCCACACCCAGCGCAGAAUGUGCACCAGAAGUUCCAGUAGAACCCGAGAUUCAAGCUGUUCCAGCUUAA